CUGCUGCCCCUCUCCUCCGACCGAGUCCACCACUUGCUGCGCAGGCUGCUGCGUGAGCCCUGGCCUGGUCUGUUCACUGCGAUGGAGCGCAUCAUCGAGCUUCAGGAGCAGUACUUUGCGACGGACCUCGACAUCGGCGACCACAUGCUCUCGUGGAGCGAAGGAGAGGUGGUCGCGUACUUUGAGUCUGGCGGGCUCUCCACUCCGGCCGACACGGUUUCCGUCGCGCCCUCGUUCAGCGAGGUGCAGUCCUCGGCGGACGCGCGCACCGUGCGGUCGAUGGACGACGCGAGAGACGAGCUGCUCGCCGAGGACGAUCCGGCCGACGGAGGUGCCCAUGCGCUCGGCAUCGAUGAGGAGCCGGCGCUGGAGGACGCCAUGCUCGAUGGGCUGAUGGCAAGUGUGCCCGUCACCACCCGCACGCUGCCGUCCAGUGACGAGGCGUGCCGACAGCAGCAGCCGGCGCCAGCGCAUCCACCGCCAGCCGACCCGCUCGCGGCUUAUUCGGUCAAGGAGCUGAAGGAGGCGCUGAGGCGGGCGGGCGUGGACGCCUCGAGCUUUACCGAGAAGAGUGAGCUCGUGGCAGCGGUCGCGCGGCUUCCGCCUGCCUCCGGCGGAGCUGCAGCUGCCGCCCCGCCCGCCGCCGCUGCGGCGCCGCCGAGCGAGAAGGGGAGGCGAGCGGUGGUCAAGGCGCAGGACAUCAAGAAGAAUGCGGACCGCUGCUUUGGCGACCGCGACUACCCAAAGGCGGAGCUAAAGUACUCGAAGUGCAUCGAGCUGCUCUCUGCGCCGGAGAUUGCCUCCGAGGCCGAC